AUGACAUUUAUAAAAGUUGUUUUUACUGUACUUGGAAUAUAUGGUUGUUUUCUUACUUGGGGAGUUUUACAAGAACGAGUUUCUACUACUCCAUAUUAUGAUGAAGAAGGAACUAAACCACAACGGUUUCGAUAUUUCAUUUUCCUUAAUACUAUUCAAUCUUCAAUGGCAUCAAUAUCAGCAUUUUUUUAUAUUCGAAUUGUUGGUAAACAACUUAUACCAGUUAUUCAUAAUAGUAAUUUAUCAUUAUCAACAUUAUUACUUCGAUUUUUACAAGUAUCUUUUUUGGGAGUUAUCGGAUCACCAUUUGGAUAUGCGAGUUUAAAACAUAUUGAUUACCUUACAUUAGUAUUGGGAAAAUCAUGCAAAUUAAUACCAGUAAUGUUAAUGAAUAUAAUUCUUUAUCGUAAGAAAUUUCCUUUAUAUAAAUAUGUGGUAGUGGUAUUAAUUACUAUGGGAGUAUCAGGUUUUAUGCUUUUACAUCCUGUAUCUGAAAACAAAAAAAAAACACCAGUUUCUACAAGUUCUCUUUAUGGACUUGCUUUAUUAACGAUUAGUCUUUUAAUUGAUGGUAUCACUAAUUCAACUCAAGAUGAUAUUUUUCAUAAAUAUAAAAUAUCCGGACAACAAAUGAUGUUUUUUAUGAAUUUAUUUAGUACAAUUUUAAUGUUUAUUUGGUUACUUUUUCCUUGGAACCCUGAAUUGGGUAAUGCUUUAACAUUUUGUCAUCUCUUUCCUAAUGUCAUUAAAGAUAUUUUAUUAUUUUCAUUAUGUGGAGCAAUUGGUCAAUGUUUUAUAUUUUAUGCAUUAGAAAACUUUGGUUCAUUUUUUUUAGUUACUACAACUGUUACUCGAAAAUUAUUUACUAUAUUACUUUCGGUAUUUUGCUUUAAUCAUGAAUUAAAUUGGGGUCAAUGGGUAGCUGUAGGAUUAGUAUUUUUGGGAAUUGGUUUAGAGGCAUUUUAUAAGCCGAAAUCGAUACCCAAAGAUGAAAUACUGGAAUUUAAAGAAGACUAUGAAAGUAUCAAGAAAAAAAAAUAG